AGUAUCGCUGUUUAUCCAUGUACUGGACACGUUGUAACAUGUCAGAUAAAGUCGUAUAAAACCUCACGACACUAGGGUUAGGCUUCUUGUUACUGAUUACUGCAUCAAUCUGGAUCAAAUGUAGGCGACUCCCAAAUAUGACUGACGUUAAUUUUUGUGUAGAAUACACCAAACCUGGAUCCACCGGCGAUAAAUGCAUUGUUUGUGGGUCUGCUAUAGUCACAAAAGGUUCAUUAAAGAUUGGAUGUUAUAGUGGAGAGAACCAGGAAGAAAAACAAUGGUACCACUCCAAGUGUUUCUGGCAGGAUCACAAAUACGUGGAUAUUUUAAAACAAGAAGAUCCGAACUUUCCUUCCUUUGAAGGAUAUAUGGAUUUGAAAUCAACUGAUAAGCAGAAAAUAGUAUCGUCAUUGAAGGAAUUUCAAAAGGAAAAUUCACCAAAAGACAGUGGAGAGACACGUGGGUUAAAACGCAGUACAACAUACAAAGGAAAAGCUGCAAGCUCGUCUUCAAGUUGUAGACUGACGCCCAAGUCAACAAUAGGGGAUGCGGACCGUCAGGAAGGACCAAGGGGUAAACAUAUGUUCCGCAUUCAUGAAGACUCCUUGAAAUACUUACAGAUCAAACAGUUCAAGAAAGGUGUAUUUGUUGUUUUAAACGAGUUUUAUUUAAACGAUUCGGAUAAUUCAUGGCUGCCCACCUCACCUGGUAUCCGUUUAUCUAUAGAGGAAUGGGAAGACCUUUAUAAGGGACGAAGCGUCAUCGACAAUGCUAUUACAACAGCAGAAAAAAUCACAGAUGAACCACCUCAGAAAAAACGGAGAGAAAUAGCUGGUAUUCAUGCGUCAUGUGUUGGUGAUUCGGUUGUUGUAGCGCUGUACUUAUCGGAAACAAGACCUGUCUGUGUGAGGACGUUGUUUGAAAAUGGCAUCAAAAAAGUUGAAGUCGGGAUCGGGUUUCAGGAAAGCAUCACUUUUGUAGACGGAAAGCCGUCAGCGCCUUACUACUUACCAGUUUCCCUGACACCUGAGGAAUGGGCAAACCUCGUGCAACUUCGACCGGAAGUAAAUGAGGACUUAAUGGAUAACUUCGAUAUAUAUUGUGUCGAUAUUUGAUGUCUGUUAAUGCGCCUAGGUACAGAACCAGGACUACGUAUUCACAUGCACGAUGUUUCCACAAUAUAUAUUUCAUACAUUUUGACAAAUUUUCAACGGAUUUGAUUGAAAUAAUUUCAUGCACUAGCAGACAAUUGUUAUUUCUUAUAUAACAUAUUUUUAACAUAAUUAUGCACCAUAAUAAAAACGUGACGUUGUAUUGUACUUUAGUCCUCCUUAAAAAUACCCUGGGUUUUAUCUAAAGAUAUUGUCAAAAUGUAUAAAACAUAUAGUAACAUUACAUGCGUGUGGAUAAUUGUUCCUGAUGCUGUAGAUAUAUCAAAUACAAAAUAACACACACUUUCGAUACGUCUAACUGGUUCCUCUCUAUCUGUAAGUCUUUAGGUAUUUAGAUAGACGAGAUACUAACUGAAAUCAUUGUCAACUACUGUCGGUAUGAAGUCACAUGUGUCCAUCUUUGAGACUAAAAUAAGUUUUCAUUAAAAUGUUCAGCACG